CUUUUUUUUUCUUUUUAUUUUUCCAAACCGACUAUGCGAAAUUCGAAGACUCUAUUUUUACGCGCAUAGGUCGGUUGAUCGAUAUGCUUAGUUGUUCACUAGUAAAAAUGGACAUUGCAUACAUAGAAAGUUCUUGGAUUUCUAUCUGAUCAUGAGCUAUUUAAUUUCAUCCUAUCCAUGUUCCUUCCAACUGUCAUGUACGAGUAUAUUCCUCUUCCGCUCCCUUCUACUUUUAAAGAUUUCCAAACUCGGUCAAUGAUGCAUGUGUAUCCAAAGCCUUUCAUUCACCGACCAUGAUUUUCUAUGCUGGAUAAGAGACCCCAAAAUAGAAAACAGAAUCUGCUCAUUCACUACCAUGUAACCUUUGGCAUGAUGAAUUGCAAAUCUAUUUCCAUAAUCCAGAAUUUUCACCAUCUAUGGCACCGCACUUCCUCAUUUGAUUCUCAAUUGCCUUGAUUCAGCAAUUCCAGGAUAUGGAAUCACCCUCUUCGAGUAUGCUAUAAAUACGCCGACGUUUACACGUAUGGAGGCAAGAGAGUCCACAUUAAGAAUUAACGAUGAUGAGGAAGAAGUUAAAGCUCGAUAUUGUGUGCAGUGUGAGUGAGUUCGCUAUCAUUUAUGGUCGGGCCGAUAACGAACCCGUGAUAUGGCCAUCUCGCCCGGAGACUGCACAAUUGCUGAUGAGUUUCCAAAGCUUCCCAGAUGCGGAGAGGUCCAAAGAAAUGACGACCCAAGAGGCUUACCUCCGGGAAAAGAUAGCCAUGUACCAAGAACUGCUCAACAAGUAUAAGCGCGAAAACAAAAACAUGCAAAUGGACCUCUUGUUGCGCCAAUUCCAUCAGCAAGGUAAGAGCUUCGAGAACUUUACAAGAGAUGAGCUCUGCGAUUUACUCUCCUACUUGGAGGAAAAAAAAUCAGAGCUGAACAAAAGGAUCGCCUAUGUCGAAGGGCUUGCCCAAACAGAAGGUGACAACCAGCCUCAAGUACCGGAUCAAGGGUUCAUUGCAGGCCACAGCAGCACCGAGAACUAAACAACAGCACCACAAUACCCGUAUCCUCGUCGUAUCCUCGUUGUACAAUGUCGACUCCCAAUAACUUUGGGAGGAAUUGCAACGACCUAUAUGCUCUCUUGCAUGGUUAUGUUUAUAUCAGUUAUUAUCAUGUCCGUUGUUGACGACGCGAUGUUCUUAAUCGAAUAAAUUUCCUUUUAUGAUGA